AUGACUGGAAGCACUGAUGAAAGAACCACGAGUUCAUCCAACUGCUGGAAAAUCAUUCACAUUCCAGACAAGCCUCCCAUUCCUCCUGACAACCAACCCACCAUCAAUGUGCAUGCUGCUGCAAUUGAACCUCGUCAUGCCAAUACUAUAGUAAGGAAGUUAAAUCAGAUUGCACCACUAGAAAAUCUCCGUCAUGUGAAGCGCGUGCACAAGAGGUGUAUGGAUGGAGGUACAUUUGAAUUGUUUGUGGUUUUAUGUGUGGCUUUGGAAAAUGAUGGCAAGUGCAACAAUAUGCCAGAGGAAGUUCUUGAGCUUGUAAAUUUGAACCAGUUGAGUACUUUCAUCACAAAAGUAUGCAGAUAUGCUGCAUCAACAAAGGAAGAAUGGGAAGGACAAUGCAAGCUGUGGCCAACUUCUUUCCAUCCACCCACCUACAAUAUUGAUGGAAUAACUGGAUUUAGUGAGGAGGAUUCACAGUCAAUUUUCCGCUUCAUGAAGUUUGCAGUUGGUUUGGCAAAAUAUGGUGUUGGCUCAGUUGUCAAUGCUGCUGUUAUUGUGGAUCCUUCAACAAUGCAAGUUAUUGCAAGCUCACGAGACCAAGUCCUGUCUUGUAAUACUCUCAUAAAAAGGAGCAAUGGAGAAACAUGUUGCUCAAGGCUUCCAGAAGCAACUCAAUAUGAAACCAUUGAAACAGGAGAUCGCCAAUCCUUGCUUUCAAAAUGUUCGUCCAUUGAUGCACUUACAUAUAAUCGUGUUUCUUGUUUAAAUCCUUGGAGCUGGCUUGAACACAAAUUACAUACAAGUUCUGGUUCUUGGCAUCCUUUACAACAUGCAGCAAUUGUGGCAAUUGAAAAUUCUGCUGCAAGGGACAGGCAUCUUUUUCCGGGAGAUGGACACAUCUCAGAUGAAUUUGUUCGCGAGGACUAUAAGAUGUCUCCAACAGGUUCUCCACUGAAAAGACAAAAGAUCAACCUUGCAAAUGUAAACGAUGAAGAGAACAUGAACUGUCAGAAAAAUGAACUUCGUUUUGACUCAACCAGACCUUAUUUAUGCACUGGUUAUGACAUCUACCUUGUGUGGGAGCCAUGCAUAAUGUGUGCAAUGGCACUCGUGCAUCAACGAAUCAGGCGAAUAUUUUAUGCGUAUCCGAAUUCAAGUGACGGCGCUUUGGGAAGUGUUCACAGGUUGCAGGGGGAGAAAAGCUUGAACCAUCAUUAUGCUGUUUUUAGGGUCUUAAUUCCUGAAGAUGUCCUAAAAGGCGAAGCAUUAGUUGCAAUAGGUGCUGAUAAUUAUUAA